AAAGCAAUCUGCAUCGGCAGUGUGUCAGAGCUUGUACCAGAAAUGUCUCAGCACUAGCAAAAAUGGUUUAAAUAAAACAUACAGGUAGGCCUAAUAGUUUUUUAUUCACAAGUGAUCAUAACACGUUGUCCUCUGUUAACCCAAAGUGUCGGGGCAGUGGCAUUUAGCUUCGUCCUAAACUAUUGAAUUAACAGCCGCCAUCUCUAACCACCAGAUGUCACUGCGCCUCCACAAUGCGCAGACUCCCGGCCGCUGAGGGGCGACGUUAGCAGGAAACACAAACAGAGGAGCUUUGAAAACAUGGCUGCGUGCAGGCUGGCGUGUUCGCGGGGGUUAAAUGCCCUUUAUUCAACUCUUGGAGCACCAAAUCAGGCCCUGAGGAGCUGCUGGGGUCGGGUGCAACAAGUUCGAUCUUACUAUGUGGACUGGAGGAUGCUAAGAGACGUCAAGAGAAGGCAGAUGGCGUUUGACUAUGCGGACCAGAGAGUACGAAUCAAUGCUCUGCGGAAGAACACUAUCCUGCCCAAAGAGCUUCAGGAAGUGGCGGACAAAGAGAUUGCGGCGCUGCCCCGGGACAGCUGCCCCGUGAGGAUCCGCAACAGGUGUGUGAUGACCUCGCGACCCCGCGGGGUCAAGCGCAGGUGGAGGCUCAGCCGCAUCGUCUUCCGUCACCUCGCAGACCACAAUCAGAUGUCCGGGAUCAUGAGAGCCAUGUGGUGAUUGGAUACGAGCCGGGUGGCCGAGGAGAGGGUGGCUAGCUGAACACGGGACGGAACCAUAACCGGGCGGACGGUUGCUCAUUUUGGGCCUUUCUCAUCUUGCGGAUAAAUAUGAUUGCAAUAUCAUUCCACAGAGUACCUUGGUGUCCAUCAGGACUAGGCACCAGCCUAUGUAACAUGAAUAUUGAUGGGCUGGUAUUUGGUUUCUCCACCAUAAUGUUGUCAUGUAUUAAUAUUCAUGCUCAUGCCAGCCUCAUGCAUUGCUCUCUCUCAAUUUGAAUGGAUGAUUACAUGCGUUUGUUUGACUUCCUAUUUAUGCAUACAUGUGAAAUAAAUGUACAUAAUGUUA